AUGGAGUCAGCUGCUUUACCGAACUACUUCCUGCCAGAUUCCCUUCUUUUCUUCCCCUUCCUCAGCUUAUUCACACUGGUUUCAGCCCAGUUUACUGUUGUGGGACCGACUGAUCCAAUUCUGGUUAUGGUGGGAGAAAACACCACAUUACACUGCCACCUGUCACCAGAGAAAAACGCUGAGGACAUGGAGGUGCGCUGGUUCCGGUCUCAGUUCUCCCAGGCCGUGUUCCUGUAUAAGGGCGGGAGAGAGAAAACGGAAGAGCAGAUGGAGGCGUACAAAGGAAGAACGACCUUCGUGAGUGAUGAUAUCGGGAAGGGGAGAGUGGCACUGAUAAUUCACAACGUCACAGCCCAUGAAAACGGCAUCUACCACUGCUACUUCCAGGAAGGCAGGUCGUACGAUCAGGCCACCAUGCGCCUGAUGGUGGCAGGCCUGGGCUCUAUGCCCCUCAUUGAAAUGAAAGGCUAUGAAGAUGGUGGCAUCCUGCUAGAAUGCACGUCUUCUGGGUGGUUCCCACAGCCCUAUGUGGUGUGGAAGGACCCCGUUGGUGAAGUCAUGCCCACCCUGGAGGAGUCUUAUACUGUUGAAGAUGAUGGCCUCUUCACAGUCACCACGUCUGUGAUCAUCAGAAACAGCUCUGUGAGGAAUGUGUCCUGCUCUGCUACCAACACCCUGCUCACCCAGGAGAAGGAAACUAUGAUAUUCAUUCCAGCACCCAUAAUUCCCAGUGCCUCUAACUGGCUGGUGAUCCUGGCUGCCACCUUGCCCACGCUGAUUCUUCUUGUUCUCAUCACUGGAGGCAUCUGUCUUAUCAGUCUAAUCAAGAAACUUCACAAGAAAGAGAUUCUGUCAGUGGAAAAAGAGGAUGAACAGGAAGAAAAAGAAAUUAUAGAAGAACUUCAAGAAGAAUUACGGUGGAGAAGAACCCUCUUACAUGCUGCUGAUGUGGUUCUGGACCCGGAUACCGCGCACCCAGAGCUCUUCCUGUCCCAGGACCGGAGAAGCGUGAUACGGGGCCCCUCCCGGCAGAGUGUCCCUGACCGCCCCGAGAGGUUUGACUGCCGGCCUUGUGUCCUGGGCAGGGAAGGCUUCGACUCAGGGAAGCAUUACUGGGAGGUGGAAAUGGAAAAUGUGAUGGUGUGGGCAGUGGGAGUGUGUAGAGACAGCGUUGAACGGAAAGGGGAGGCUCUGUUGGUUCCCCAGAACGGCUUCUGGGCCCUGGAGAUGUUUGGAAACCAGUACCGGGCCCUUUCCUCCCCUGACACCAUCAUCCCGCUGAAGGAGCGCCUUCGUCGAGUGGGCGUUUUCCUGGACUACGAAGCUGGCGAUGUUUCCUUCUUCAACAUGAGGGACAGAUCGCACAUCUACACCUAUCCCAGGUUGACCUUUGUUGGUCCCCUGAAACCUUUCUUUAGGCUAGGGUCUGAUGACAGCCCCCUUGUCAUCUGCCCAGCAUUCACAGGGGCCCAGGGGGUCGCAGUGCCUGAGGGUGGUCUGAUCCUGCACAGGGCAGGGGCCCACCGCCGCCACCAGGACAUAUUCCUUGGCCUCCGAGCCAUGUUAAAGUUCCUUUUGGAUUCAGGUCAGUAUUUUACUGUUACAAAAAGAUUGAUGAUGUUCAUUUCUCCAAGCUCCUACCUUCUCAGACAUGCGCUCACUGUCAUUCUCCUUCAGCUUCCCAAGCUGGAUUCAGCUCACUUUGAUGUGAUCGAACCCCAGGAGUCCAUCCCGGCUCUGGUGGGUGAAGAUGUGGAACUGCCCUGUCACCUGUCCCCAAGCACGAGCGCUGAGCACAUGGAGGUAGAGCAGAUGCCCGAGUACUGA